GUUGCAUCAGUUUCACAGCAAGCGACCCCCACCCCUCCGCCAAAAUCCGACUAUUAGAUGUGACCACGAGGUUGAUCAGGAGAAGCCACCAUGUCUUAAACACAGACGGGCCCUCUGGAGCCCUAUCCCCCCACCCUGGCCUGUCCUCCCCCUCCCUUAUCCACCACCUUACCCCUUCUCCAAGCCCCAUCCCUCUCCCAGACCUCCCUGCACAUGUGAGGGACAGGCUACCUAACCCUGGCUCCCCGCUGGCACACCCCUCCCCUCCCUCAGGAGAGAUGAGCCUUCAGAAGCACCAGCAGCUGGGCAGUGGUGGGGUGAUGGGCUCGGACCGGGACCUGCAGUCCACUGCUUCCUCCAUCUCCCUGCCCUCUGUGAAAAAGGCCCCCAAGAAGAGGCGUCUCUCCUUGGCCUCUCUUUUCAGACGGCGAGGACGGGAGCCUAAAUCAGGGCGCCAAAGGUCCCGAGAGCUCCAGCAGCCUGGACCCGGAGGCCUUGGGGGGGUGGAUGGUAUUGCCAGCAUCGAGAGCAUCCACUCUGAGAUGUGUAAUGACAAGAACUCUGCCUUCUUCUCCGUGGCUGGGACCGGAGCUGCCCCUGCUGCUGCUGCCUCCACCUCAUCUGCCUCAGGGCCUUCUUCCUCUACCUCCUCCUCCUCGAAGGUGGGGGGUGGGGUGGGGACAGAGUUACUGGAGUGCCCGCUGUGCCUUCUGCGCCACUCCAGGGAGAACUUCCCUGACAUCAUGACCUGUCACCACCGCUCCUGCAUCGAUUGCCUGCGCCAGUACCUACGUAUUGAAAUCUCAGAAUCACGCGUCAACAUCAGCUGCCCCGAGUGCUCGGAGCGCUUCAACCCGCAUGACAUCCGUAUGAUCUUGAAUGACCGGGCGCUCAUGGAGAAAUAUGAGGAGUUCAUGCUAAGGAGGUGGCUGGUGGCUGACCCUGACUGCCGCUGGUGCCCUGCCCCGGACUGUGGGUAUGCAGUAAUAGCCUUCGGGUGUGCCAGCUGUCCUAAGAUCACGUGUGGCAGGGAGGGCUGCGGCACAGAGUUCUGUUACCACUGUAAGCAGCUGUGGCAUCCCAACCAAACCUGUGAUGCAGCACGGCAGCAGAGAGCCCAGAGCCUCCGCCUGAGGACUGUCCGCUCGUCCUCCCUCAGCUACAGCCAAGAGAGCGGAGCUGCAGCUGAUGACAUCAAGCCAUGCCCGCGCUGUGCCGCCUAUAUCAUCAAGAUGAACGACGGCAGCUGCAACCACAUGACCUGUGCCGUCUGUGGCUGUGAGUUCUGUUGGCUCUGCAUGAAGGAAAUCUCAGACCUGCACUACCUGAGUCCAUCAGGCUGUACUUUCUGGGGGAAGAAGCCAUGGAGCAGGAAGAAGAAGAUUCUGUGGCAACUGGGAACCCUUGUGGGUGCCCCUGUCGGCAUCGCACUCAUCGCUGGUAUAGCUAUUCCCGCCAUGAUUAUUGGCAUCCCCGUGUAUGUGGGAAGAAAGAUCCAUAACCGCUAUGAAGGCAAAGAUAUUUCCAACCACAAGAGGAACCUGGUGAUUGCUGGUGGGGUGACGCUCUCUGUCAUUGUGUCUCCAGUGGUGGCUGCAGUCACAGUCGGCAUUGGCGUUCCCAUCAUGCUUGCGUACGUUUAUGGCGUGGUGCCCAUCUCUCUGUGCCGGAGCGGAGGCUGUGGCGUCUCAGCUGGGAAUGGCAAAGGAGUCCGCAUAGAGUUUGAUGAUGAAAACGACAUGAAUGUUGGCAGCGGGACAGCUGCCACUGAUACUACAUCAGUGGCGGACACAAGGAACAACCCCAGUAUAGGUGAAGGCAGUGUUGGGGGGUUGACGGGAAGCCUGAGCGCCAGUGGCAGCCACAUGGACCGUCUGGGAGCCAUCAGGGACAACCUGAGUGAGACCGCCUCCACCAUGGCCCUGGCUGGAGCCAGCAUCACUGGCAGCCUCUCUGGCAGUGCCAUGGUCAAUUACCUAAACAGGCUGGAGGUGCAGGCCGAUGUGCAGAAGGAGCGCUGCAGUCUCAGUGGUGAAUCUGGCACCGUCAGCCUGGGUACAAUCAGCGACAAUGCUAGCACCAAAGCAAUGGCUGGAUCCAUUCUUAACGCCUACAUGCCCCUAGACAGAUGCUUUUUUGUUUCACCGUUUGCCCCCCAAUGUUCCAGAGAUGGGAACAGUAUGGAGGUCCAGGUUGACAUUGAAUCCAAACCCGGCAAACUACGGCAUCACAGUGGCAGCAGCAGUGUAGAUGACAGUGGCCAUGUUGGCCGCUGUGGCUGGACCUGCCCUUCUAAUGGGUGCACCUCCUCAGAAGGCAAAGGAACCUCCACCAAGUGGGCCAAAGAGGCAUCCUGCUGCUCCUCCACCAGCUCCGGGGGCAAAAAGAGCAAAGGCAAGCUGCGCAAGAAAGGUUGCGGAGGCACCAAGAUCAACGAGACACGGGAGGACAUGGAUGCUCAGCUGCUGGAGCAGCGCAGCACCAACUCCUCUGAGUUCGACUCUCCUUCGCUGAGCGGCAGCCUGCCCUCGGUGGCUGACUCCCACUCCAGCCACUUCUCUGAGUUCAGCUGCUCCGAUCUGGAAAGCAUGAAGACGUCCUGUAGCCACGGCUCCGGUGGAGGUGACUACCACACGCGCUUUGCCACCGUCAGCCCCUUACCUGAGGUGGAGAAUGACCGCCUGGAGACCUGCCCCACUUCUUCAUCCUCCUGUUCCCAGGGACAAGGAGCUGUGAUCACUCCCCACUCUCCCACCUCCACCACGUCCUCCCUGGGCCACGGCGCAGAGCUCUCACCUCUCUGCUUCAUCACAGAGGAGAGCGUCAACCUGGUGUGUCCUGCUGAUCUGGACUCUCACAGCAACACUGGAGAGCAGCUUAAAGAAACCAACAACAACCACCAACGUCUGCAGCAUCCAACCCAAACCCAGCAGCAGCCCAAGAACUCCUGUAUACAGACUGACAUCUAAAAUCUCAAUACCUUAAGUGCUGCACAGACGCUGUUUUUAUUUAACAUCCUUUCCUCCACUAAACUAACAAUCAGCUUACAGUUUAGCCUGCAUUUUCUGUUACUCCCUUGUAAAGGGGACAUGUUAUUUUGGGGUUUUAUGUCCAUUAUAAAAAGCAACCUUUGUGUAAAACAGAACUCUGUGUCCUCUGACUGUCUGAAGGCUAACUGGAAGUAUUAAAAGGUUCCCAAAGUGCAGCCAUGUGAGAAGUGUUAAGGUUGUGAAUGCUGGUGUUUCUCCCUGUGCGACCCGCAGACCGCUGACACAUUUUUAACUGUUCACUCUCUCGCCACUUGUAACAGGAGACAGGCCGCUGCUGUGGUGGCUCUCAUUUUGAUCUGUGUUGGUUAAAAUAAAACCACUGUGCCAGUUUUGCAAGUAUUUGAUUCUGGCUCUACAAUGCGGAUGCAACACCAUGCAGGAAUCUUAAUGUUACAGCUUUCUAGAAGUGAACUCCAACAGGGACCAGGCAAUAUGAUUCACUAUUUCCUCUUUUUAUUUUUCCCAAAAUGUAUUAGUCACAGAGGAGCCUUUGUGUUCUCGUCUGUAUUUAUUAUUAGACUUUUUUUGUUUUGUUUUUUUUUUCCCUGGAUGUUAAAUGUUAACAUCUAAUGUAUAAUUAUAAGGUCUGAACUCAACAUUCUGAAGCAUUUUAGCACUAAAACUGACUUGUAACACAACCAACAUUACCUUUAGGUGGAUGCACAGGUAGCUGUAGUCCCACUGUGGGAGACGGUGCUCGGCAGUAUGGUAACCAGGGAGUCAAGAUCUGUAGCCCAAAACUGCUUUUAGUGCUAAGAUGACUUUGGAAGCUCGGACUUAGUUCAGUUCUGUGGAAAGCUUGUGGUAAUAUUUGUUUGGGGGGGGGGGGGGGGGGGGGGGGGGGGUGUCGAUGAGAUUUGAGAAGAGGUCUCUGGAAGGCCACCGUUGUCAAGAUAAUGCUGAAAGUCAUUAUAAUAACAUUAACCAGUGGGUUGGUCAAUUCUGUGAAAUUGUGUAAAGAAAAUGUUUUUGUCCUUUUCAGAGGUGAUUUAUUCAGGCUGAUGGUCUCACCUCACUGAGUAAGAGAGAGCUUUGAUAUCUUUCUUUGUUAACUCAUGGUGCCUUUAAGAAGCUGUUUGUGUUGUUCGUCUCUCUCUCUCUCUCUCCACUGUGUCUUCAAGACUCCAAACAGCUACUUAUUAUAGGUUACAGAAUGUCUGUCUGUGUAGGAGGGAUGCUCAUUUACAUACAGAACAUACUGUGGUAGACAUGGUAAAUGAAGACUUUUCAAUUGCCUACCAAAGACAGCACUCAGGCUAUUGUUAAAUCUUAUACCUUUGACUUGUCAGCUGUACACACAGUGUGGUGCAACCUUUUUACACCAUGGGCAUGAAUGAAGACAAGACCCAGGAUUAUACAGACACACACACACACAGACUGCUGUUUCGUACAUGCUUCACAAAAAUGCUACGCAAAUAACUGAGGCCGCACAACGGCCCAAGGCACCUGCACUGUUACCUGUAUUUCUUAUUACGUUCAUGUUCUGCAAUGCACAAGGUUAAUAGGGACGCAUAGGUUUGUUAUGGGUUACUGUCCCUAUUAAUUUUCCUGUGAUUCCUGUUUGUGUUGUCAGUCAGUGCUGCUGAGCAGACUUGGAAGUCAGAUUCUGUUUUCAGCACUUUCUUUCAGAGUGUUUGCUUAAGCCUGUCUUUACUGUUCAGUGGUCAGCGUUAUUGAGGCCACUGAGUCGGCUCAGGUGCACCUCCACCAGGUAGGUAAAAGCAUCCUGAAUGGUAUUUUGACCCAGGCCUGUUACUGAAUGAACACUCGAUUUGGUUGGGGCGGAUGAGGCUACAUGCUGCAGUCCUCCCCACAUUGGAGCAAAAUGUUUUGUUCUUCCACCCUGGUUCUGUUUGUCAUUCUUCACCAAAAACUCCCCAUUUCUUGAUCCUAAUUUGAACACUAGUGCCAGAUAUAAUUUGUAAUUUGUGCAGAAUGGCAUAAGGUAUUUGUAUAUUUGUUUGGUAAUUUGCUUUACUAUAUGCGUGUAAAUGCAUAUCAGAAAAAUAAAAUAUAUAUAUGAAAUAUUGCCAUCCUCAGUUUUUCAGGUUGAUAAAAGUCCCUAUGCCCUAUGGUAUUCCAUCUUUAAUGGUCUAGUUCUUUAACUGACAAUUAUUUGAACUCAUCAUAGCAUAAAAACGAAAAUCUCUCUAUUUUUCUCCAGUUUAUUGAAUAGCCCUCUGUUAAUAUUGUACACAUUUUUACAUAUCUGCUGAAAUAUAAUUUAAAACCACAAUCAGGAGAAACUGGAACGUGUAAUUAUUGCCUCUUACCCACCAACUUGUCACCCUGAACUAAAUUUGGUACAUUCAUGUAGAGCUGAUAAAACAUUUGAAAAAAAAAAAAAAAGAAAA